AUGAGCUCAAACAACGAGACCGGUGACAGAUUCCACGAGGGAAAGGAAAACAGCCAUCUUGCACUCGAUUCCAAGGACGAGAGAACCAUUGCAAACAAGUUGGCUAGAGAAGAGCAACGUGAGAAUGAGCCCGAGGAGAUGAGCAAGGAGGACAGAGCAGCCAAGAAAGAUGCUACCCUCCCAGCUAAGAUGCACGGCAACGAGCCCAGCAGAGGUGCCACAAUCGACCAACAGCUAAGAGAAGAGGAGGAGGCUGAGCUGAAGAACAAGGGAAAGGCUUAA